AGGAAGGGGAGGGAGGGUUGCUAAGGCUGAGGUUGCCAGGCAACCAAGUCAAUACUAUCAACAACCUGAGCCUCUGACCAAGGAGAGAAGAAGCUUCCUACAGAACAGACAGAAAGACACAAGGGCAGGGACCAGGAAGAUGCCAGGAGCACAGUUGUUGUCAGAGAAGAGGAAUAAACAAAAGAAGACAAUUUCCAUAAAGAAGGAAAUAGAAAAACUAGCUUCAGCAGCGAAGGAGGCAGUGGCAGGAAAAGAAACUGAGAAAAGGAAGGCAGCAGCAACUUCGAAAAUAUCCAAAGAAUGGAAUAAAGUAAUGGCAUCAAAGACCGCAGCGAAAAUCAUGCUAACCCGUACAAGAGAAGAAGCCAAGAUCCGAAAGCAAUGGAGGGUAUCUGCCUCCAAGGACGCCACGGCUUUGAAAACGUACCCAGAUCACCUACUGCCCAAGGACAUAACUUCCUUAUCACCAGCCGAAAUAAAGCGCUUUUUGCUUUUUGUCGAGCCCACGAAGGUUAGCGCCAGUGAUUCCACUGAAACCAUCCACAGCUGUCAAGAAAGCAAGCACUGGGAUCUGUUUGAGGAGCCAGUCUCAGAACAGCAGAAACGCCUCAUUGGGGUGCUGAAGGCUUCUGAGGCUCGAAACCGAGUCCGAGCGCUUCGACUUCGAUAUACACGGAUGAGGGCUGAAGAGAUAAAGCACCUAAUUAGCAGGCAGAAAACAGCUCGGGCUGCAAUCCGACUUGAACUAUUCCUGCCGCCUCAUCUGAAUCCCACGAAGAUCCCGGACUGUCUGGACAGACGUGAGAGGCAUCGAGUAGAGGCUAUUCUGGAAGAAAAGAACAGCAAUACCAAGUUCAGAUGAUUUGGAGGAACCAACUAGGGAUCAUUUGUUCUACGACUUCAAGCUCUGGACGAAAAAAAAAAAAGACAAAUUUCUUCCCUC